GGCGAGACGCGAACGGAGCGGCAAUCCGCCGCGGAAUACCAGUUGAUCAUCACGCGGGAUCACCGUCCUGUCAUCCGCAGACACGUGGGGAUAUCGUACUCGACAUUGUCAAGAGGGACAGUCCUGUGAAUCGUCCGAGGCUCGCUCGAUACAUAUUACAGACGACAGGAAGUGAAUCAUGGAUCCUGAUAGUUUCAAGGAUUACGCCAAAGACAUGGCGGAAUAUAUUACGGAUUAUUUAGAAAAUAUUAGAGAUAGGAGAGUUUUGCCUACGGUAGAGCCGGGAUAUAUGAGACCUCUUUUGCCCUCCGAAGCACCAAAAUCUCCUGAAGAAUGGAAAGAUAUAAUGGCUGAUAUCGAACGAGUGAUAAUGCCAGGCGUUACUCACUGGCAUAGUCCAAAAUUCCAUGCCUACUUCCCUACUGCACAAUCAUAUCCAGCUAUUCUGGCCGAUAUGUUGAGCGGAGCUAUUGCUUGUAUUGGAUUCACAUGGAUUGCGAGUCCAGCUUGUACCGAAUUAGAAGUAAUUAUGCUGGACUGGUUAGGAAAAAUGUUAGAUCUGCCGAAAGAGUUUCUUGCUUGCAGCGGUGGAAAAGGGGGUGGCGUUAUUCAGGGAACUGCUAGCGAAGCUACUUUGGUAGCGUUAUUAGGAGCGAAGGCCAAGAAGAUAAAGCAAGUUAAAGAGCAGCAUCCGGAUUGGACGGAAAACGAGAUCAUCAGCAAGCUAGUCGCAUAUUGUUCCUGUCAAGCGCAUAGUUCGGUUGAACGCGCUGGACUCCUCGGUGGAGUAAAGUUCAGACAAUUGGAAGUCGAUGAGAAAUAUAAGCUGCGGGGCGACACGAUGGCCGAAGCAAUCCGAAAGGAUAAGGAGCAAGGAUUUAUACCGUUUUACGCCGUCGCUACUUUAGGCACAACCAUUAAUUGCGCCUUCGAUCGCCUUGACGAAAUGGGUAUUGUAGCGAAUCGUGAAGGCGUUUGGUUGCAUGUAGACGCAGCUUAUGCGGGAUCCGCUUUUAUUUGUCCCGAAUUCCGAUAUUUAAUGAAAGGUAUCGAGCUGGCGGAUUCAUUUAAUUUUAAUCCGCACAAGUGGAUGCUAGUGAAUUUCGACUGUUCCGCCAUGUGGCUCAAGGAUCCGACAUACGUCAUAAACGCCUUCAAUGUCGAUCCCUUGUACCUGAAGCACGAUAUGCAGGGUUCGGCACCGGAUUACAGGCAUUGGCAAAUUCCACUCGGACGCAGAUUCCGGGCUCUGAAACUUUGGUUCGUGUUAAGGUUGUACGGAGUCGAGUACCUUCAGAAGUACAUCAGAUCGCACAUCGCUCAAGCACACGAAUUCGAGGCUUUAGUACUCUCCGAUCCUCGUUUCGAGAUCGUGGGUGAAGUUCUCAUGGGACUGGUUUGCUUUCGAUUGAAGGGAUCCAACGAACUCAAUGAAAUUCUCCUAAAGCGAAUCAACGGCGCGGGAAAUAUCCAUCUCGUUCCGUCAAAGAUAAAAGACACGUACUUCCUACGAUUUGCCGUCUGCUCUCGAUUUAGCGAGAGCAAGGACAUACAGUAUUCCUGGAAGGAAAUCAAGCUAAGAACCAACGAGGUUCUAGAAGAGCAAUCGCUUUCGAAGUGAUGGCGCGCCCAGAUAGCUCGCGGUUGCAGAUCGCUGGCGCCUGCCACCUGCAACCAAUCUUAGCUCCUGAUUUUUCCUUAUGCCCAGCGACUCUCAAGGACCAAAUAGAUUAAAGCAGUGAGUGACAUUAGACCCAAAUAAUUAAGCGACUAAAUAUUAUGAUCCUUGCAAUAAUUUUGAAAUUCCGAAUGCGAUUAAAUAAUGAUUCAAAAAUGUUGAAGUUUUUAUGCGAGGUCAACUGCAAAUUUUAUUUUGGUAGAGAUACUUAAUUCAAUAAUUGUCAUUACUUUAAUGGAGUAUUACUAUAUGUGUCGAAUUAAAAAUUUGCAAAAUGUGGGAAGAUUUAGGUUCGCACAAUAUAAGAGACAUUUUUUCUUAAAAAUCUCAUUUAUAUUCAUUCCCUUUGUCUAUUUUAUCAGAGAUUUUUUUAUAGACGUCUGCUUUCUGUAUAUUUUAUUAAUCGAUGAACACAAAUAUUUUAUAUAUUGCAAAUGCCUAAUUAUCGAAUUAUACUCCGUUAAAGCUGCAAUCCCGUAAACGCUCAACGUAAAUAUAAUACGAAAAUGUCACCUAUAAGUUAAAUGCGUGAUACUUGUUAUACUGUUAUUUAUGGGAAUACGAUUCUGCCCGAAGAAGGAAAGAGAGCUAUGGAUUAAAAAUUGAAUUUUCAGACUUUGAUUGAUUUAAGUACUGCGCUUUUUCAGAUAAAAUGGGUUGCUAUAAACCUUCUUUCUUCGGGCAGAAUCACACAUGUUACUAUAUAUAUGUUCAAAUGUUAAUAUAUUAUACGUUACAGUAAUAUUUAUUAUAUAUAUAACUGGGUACAAAAAAUUGUUGGCAAUGUAUAAUACGAAUUUAAAAAGCGUUGAAAAUUUUUUAAAAUAAUGCAUAUAUAUAUUAAAAUUUAUUUUGCUGACUUGUCGAUUACAACAGUCAUUUCGUUCCGUAUAAAGAAAUGCGUCUUAAAACAAUCGCUCUGUGUCAGAAAUCAGUCGCUGCAGGCCGCUGGGAUGCAUGUUAGCAAUAUAAUAGAUGUAAUGCAGUAUUAUGUGUCGCCUUGUGCCACUUUCGCUCGUGCACCGUCGAUGUUACUACGCAAACUCCUUAGAAAAUAUCCUUGUAAGUACAUUGGCAGUGAAAGUCGCACGUUUGGCAUUGCAAAAGUGUGCGUCGAUGUUAACGCAAUUUUUGUAUCUGCAUUUAAUUUUACAGACACGUAAAUUCCUCUCUCAAAUCGUCUCUCAUAUAUAAGCGCGAUCUUUAUUUAUUAUUUGACAUUAAAAUUCUAUUUCUGAGUGUACAAAGUUUUCUGAUUAAUUGAUUGAUAGGAUUUAUGUGUCAAGAAUGAUAAACAUGAUCAAUCAUAUAAAAUUCUAUGGACGAAAAAAUUUUGUGGUCCAAUCUAGAUUUCCCACCGAAAUAUUUAUAUUCUUCCAAGAAAAAUUUAAAAAAAAUCUUUUUGAUAAUCUUCCGCGCUUAUAAUCUUCGUGCACAUUGAAAUUGUAUGUAGACUAAAAUAAUCAUGUUGUAUAUAUGUUAUAAAUUUAAAUUAUAAAUGUAUUGUAAAAAAAUUGGUAUGUAUGUAACAUAUCAUUUUUAUCUCUUUCACAUCUGUGUUUUUGCUCUUUUGACUUCUCUUUAGAAUUUAGUUUAAAUCUUUAUUUCAUUUGCGAAUAUUCUAUAAUCAUUACAUCGUUAAAAUAGUAUUAAUGACGACAAAAGCGUUAAUCAUAACAUCUUUCAAAGGAUGGAAUAUAUGAUUUUGAAGCAAUUAUAUAUAUACUGUAGCAUAUAUAUGUAUACAUAUAUCUGAAUGUGCGUUAAAUAUUUGCUGUAAUCAUGCUGCAACAGGGACAAUAAUAGUAAUAGAAUUAAUAAAUCAAGAAGGCAUAAUACCUUCGCGAAAAAGUUAAACAUCUGACCUCUAAAUGAGAAGUAUCAUAGAUUAUUAAUUGUUAAAAUGACUACAAUAUUAUCGUCAGACAAUUACACUCAGACACAGAUAAAAACACAAGAAAUAGAUAAUUGCAAUGCUUAAAAAUAGAAAAUUACAAAUAUGUACGUUCAAAUAUUUAUUUUUAUUAAAUUAAACAAAAUAACAAAAUUUUACCUCUCUAAGCAAUUAUCCAUUAUUCAUAUACAAUUUUAAGCAAAGAUGUAUGUAUUUAGGUAUUAUAUUAUUUUAUAUAAAAAUAUAUAAAUUUUUUUCCCACGUUAAAUAAUACUAAUUUGGAACAAAGAUUUGAGUCGAGAUUUAUGGGACCAACAAAUAAUUUAUUGUAACCAAAAUAAUUGAAUUCUCAUUAUUAUAUAUUGUCCACUAAAAUAUUGCAAAAUCUAUCUACGAUUAUUUCGAUCAAACUUUGAUUAAUUUAAUCGAUCAUUGAUUCAAUUAGAAUUGCCUACAACAAAAUUAAAUUUAACUCUGUACAUCGUCGUUUUUAAUCUAAUUGUAAGCUUUCUUUUCAAACUAAACAUAAAAUCAAGAAUUUUAUGCAUAUUAACAAAAUAAUAUUAAUAAAAUGCAGAUAUUAUUUGAUAAGUUAACCGCUGGUUGAAUUAAUCAGAAUUUGAUCAAAAUGAUUCUUGUGUCACGAAGUGAUCUUUAGGAAUUUAAUUAUUCAACUGUUAAUAUUGACCAAAUUAGAUCAAUAAAUAUCUCUCUCAUCU